AUGCGUUCAACAACUAUCCGUGGGGCUGAAGAUGCUACGAAGACACCGUACAUGUGUUCACCAGAUCGCACUCGAGGCUCAGGGGGUCGAUGCAUUUGGGUGUAUGAGACAGUUCCUCUUGAAGUCAUGCCUGAGUUGACGCCAUCGAUGGAAGAGGAGGCUCGGGGUCUUGUGCGGGAUUUAGGCGUUCCGCACACCCCAAACGAGGAGAUGGCAUCGCCGCCACCAUUGGCAUCAUCUCCGCCGAGAGUAUCGUCCCCGCCAUUGGCAUCACCUCCGUCGAGGGCAUCACCGCCGCUAGUGGCAUCACCUCCACCGGGGCCAUCGCCGUCGCCAUUGGCAUCACCUCCGUCCAGACACCUCUCCCGUGUGUCUCCGGAGCACAGUGAUGAUUUGUAUGCCCGUUUGACUGGAUUUAUAGCGGAGGAGGUCGGCACGCUACGACGAGAUUUAACGGAGAGGGUCAAUGAUCUGGGACGAGAGUUGACAGGGAGGGUCGACGAUCUGGCAGGGAGGGUUGACUAUCUGACAGGGAGGGAUACAGUAGCGGCGCUUAGAGGAGAUUUAGCCGGGGGUGGCCCCGAUGGGGAUGGGAGAGGGGACUACGAAGGGGGUGGCCCCGACGGGAGGGACGGAGGUGGUGGCCACCCCGACGAGAGGGGCGGAGGUGGUGACGACGGAGGGGGAGGCCCCGAUGUAGGGGACGGAGGAGGUGGCCCCGGAGGUCGAGAGGACGCCCGGCGUGAUUGA